ACGGAACAGUAAGCGCCUGAACCCGUAUCCCCGCCCCCGGAAGUGACGCAGCCGCCAUGUCUCUGGAAUCGGUGCGGUACAGCCGCGGCUCCCUGCAAGUGCUCAACCAACUGCUGCUCCCGCACAAGAGCGAGUAUGAGCCCGUUACAGGGGUGCAGCAGGGGGCCGACGCCAUCCGGACUAUGAAGGUUCGUGGGGCCCCGGCUAUCGCCAUUGUGGGGGUGCUGAGCUUGGCUGUGGAACUGACCAGCAGAACGUGCCAGGAUGUGCCCAGCUUCAUCGCGUUUGUCCAGGAGUCUCUGUGCCACUUGGUGGAUGCCCGCCCCACGGCCGUCAAUAUGAAGAAGGCAGCAGAUGAGCUAAAUGCAUUCCUGGCUAAGGAGGCUGAGAAAGCAGGAGCCACUACUCAAGGGCUGGCUGAAAGUGUCAUCCAAUGGGCAGAGGCCCUCCUGAAGAAGGACGUGGAGGAUAAUCAGAUGAUUGGGGACUUCGGUGCUAAGCACAUACUGGAGACGGCAGGGCCCACGGAGAAAGUCUGCAUGCUGACUCACUGUAACACUGGCUCGCUGGCGACUGCAGGCUAUGGGACUGCGCUAGGUGUGGUGCGCUCCCUCCAUGUGCUUGGCCGCCUCUCUCACGUAUUCUGCACUGAGACCCGUCCUUACAACCAGGGCUCCAGGCUUACGGCUUAUGAACUGGUGUAUGAGAAGAUCCCAGCCACACUCAUCACCGACAGCAUGGCCUCCGCCGCUAUCAGGGAUCGCAAGGUUACCGCCGUUGUGGUGGGUGCAGACAGGGUGGUUGCAAAUGGAGACACAGCCAAUAAAAUUGGAACAUACCAGUUGGCCAUCACUGCCAGGUAUCAUGGAAUCCCUUUCUAUGUGGCUGCGCCCAGCACAUCAUGUGACCUCAGCCUGCCAACAGGUGGCAGCAUUGUCAUUGAGGAGAGGCCCAGCCAUGAACUAACAGAUAUCAAUGGCGUCAGGAUAGCAGCACCAGGGAUUGGUGUGUGGAAUCCGGCUUUUGAUGUCACCCCCCACGAGCUGAUCACUGGGAUAAUAACCGAGCGAGGGGUCUUUAAACCCGAGGAGCUGAGAGACGGACUGACAAAGGGACAGUGAGAAAUUGGGGCUGAGACCAGUAUUCCCAGGGCUGGGGGCUCAGCAUGGAGCCAAGGAACUGCCCUUCCUACACUUACUGCCCUUAUUGCCCCUUAGUCUGCGGCACUUGAUGGGCAAAUGCUUUGUAAGAAAUCAUCCGAAUCUGUAACUGUGACUUUAGUUUUUUACAGGAAUUAAAAAAUAGAGCGAA